AUGAAAAUGAAAAAUAAUAAUAAUCAUAAACCAUCAAUUCUCACCAUUAUCUUUGUUCUUAUAAUAUUCACCACGUAUUCAGUUAUAACACAUCCGACACCAUCACCGGAAAACGACAAUGGAUCAAUUUCACCACGUGUCGAAAAUCCUGAUCCUUCAUUACCCACCUUGACGAAAUUUGAUUUCGAAUCGCUCUCAGAACUAGGAGAAUUUUGGGAAAUGAUUCGUACCGAUGAUUUUACUGAUCAAAAUGUAAAUAAAGAAAAUUUUGGGACCAAGCCUUAUUUCACUCCAGUAUGGUUUAAGGAUGCAUUUUAUAAAUUCGGUCCUCACAUAACUUAUACUAAUAAGGAUGGAAUUGCUCAAGUAUAUAAAGAUAAAGAAUGGUAUUAUAUUUGUUAUUUAAAGACAUGCAUGAACGUUGUAUUUCGGGGUUAUUAG